GAAGAGGUUCAAAGCAAUGCGGAAUGGGUCAACUCGGGAAAAUACUGGCUGGAUCGCCAGGCAUGUCGAUGGUUCGGUCUCUGCGGGACGAUGCACAUGUUGAACAAGGACGCUUGGACGUGGACAAAAGCCGAGGCCGAUGACCCGGACAAUCGCGACAUCAGCGACUGGUGGACGUCCGGGUCUGAUGAUCCGGAAAAGUGGACAAAAGAGGAGAUCAAGCUGCGCAAGAUUCCUCAAUACGUGCUGGAUCACGCUCCAUAUGUUCAUUUGUUCUCGGGAGAGCAGUUCUGGCCCGGUGAUUUGAGCGAGCAUCUCAUUCAUACCACGCCAUUUUUGAAUUAUUCGCGCAUAUCGGAUCUUGAUGAGGAGAGGAAUUUGACAAACCUGCAUGAGUUGAAUGAUUAUGCGGAAGGAAAGCACAGCAGAUUCAUGUACCUCGGUGCUCUGGACAAUGUAGAGGAGCGACCGAAGUGGUUGGUCGGAGGGAAGAAUAUUCCCAAAAUGCCCGCGCAGAACGAUGGCGAUCUGGAUUUGGAUUACCCAUGGCCUGACCCAAACGAUGACUUGAAGGACUUUGAUUUGGAGGCGGCGAAGCAGCAGACGUUGGACGACUUCUAUCAUAAGGAAGGCAUCUCAACAAAAGGCGAAGUCCCUGCCGAGCAUCUCCCCUCUGACCGCACUGCAAGACCACACCCAGACCUCCGCCGUCGCGAUCAUGACCCUACCCUCGACAACCCUUCCCACAAACCACAACCCGGCGGAAAAUCCUCCGCCCCAGCCAUCCUCAUCGUCGUACCCAAACCCGACGGCGUCGUCGACGCCUUCUGGUUCUUCUUCUACUCCUUCAACCUCGGCCAAACCGUCCUCAACAUCCGCUUCGGCAACCACGUUGGCGACUGGGAACAUACCACCGUCCGCUUCGUCAACGGCAAACCCACCCAAAUCUUCCUCUCCGAACACAACUUCGGCCAGGCAUUGACCUACUCCGCCGUGGAAAAUCGCGCCAAACGUCCCGUCGUCUACUCCGCCCUCGGAUCCCACGCCAUGUACGCCACCCCCGGCUUGCACCCGUACAUCCUUCCCUUCGGCCUCCUCCACGACGAAACCGAUCGCGGCCCACUCUGGGAUCCGGUGCAAAACUUCCAAGCGUACACCUACAACCCCCUCACCCGCACCGUGCGCUCUUCCACUCUCAACCCCACGAGUCCGACCCAAUGGUUCGACUUUGCGGGUCACUGGGGGGAUAAAUUUUAUGAGUUGGGGGAUCCGAGACAGUAUCGAUUCGCUGGACAGUAUCAUUAUGUCAAUGGACCGACGGGACCGAAGUUCAAGAAUCUGGGCCGGAGGGCGGUCUGUCAG